AUGGAGGAGCCUGAACAGGACAUCAGGGAGACGCUGGCAGGUGAAAAUGAACAAGGCAUGAAUGCGAAUCCACACUUGUCAACUGAUUCAUGUAAUGGCAAAACUGACACCACCGCGGGUGUAGCGCUGGUGCUUAAAGUAAGAAUUCAGAACUCCAAAGAAAAUGACUUCAUUGAAAUUGAACUGCACAGACAAGAGCUGAGUUACCAGAACCUACUUCACGUGAGCUGCUGUGAACUGGGGAUCCACCCAGAGCAAGUGGAGAAGAUAAGGAAGCUGCCAAACACACUGCUCAGAAAGGACAAAGACAUUCAAAGACUCCAAGACUUUCAGGAGAUAGAGCUCUUGGUGAAGAGCGGGAAGUGUGAGCACACUCGGCACACGACGUCACCUCUUAUGGAGAGGCCCUGCUACAACAGCAAAGCUGCAACACUGACUUACUAG